CACAAAUUAGAAAUACAUUAUAUGAAGUAUUACUUAUAUUGUUUGUCAUAUCAUUGCUGUUGUACUCUAUGGUGGCUGUUGAUAUAUCUCUAACUUGUGAACCAGAGUUGAUAGUUAGAGACUUAGAGGACGAUUGUUCGAUGGUUUUUUUUCAUCAUUAUGAUGAUACGGGAAUCUUUUAUACAACUAUUAACUGCAUGAUUAGAUAUGUAAUGUGCGGGUUGUAAUAAAAUGGAUCGAUUAGUUAUGUUAAAACUAGAUAUUACAAAUGAGGGAAGGAAGUGUUAGUCUGUUAGAUGAUCUCUUAACUGCAAUACUUGCAUUAAAAAAAAUAACGAAAUGCUUCAGCCUUCAGGCAUCUAUGUGAAAUUACAUAAAAACUGUCAACUUGUGUUUUAUAUGGGAGGUGCUAUUACAGGCUGUUUCAUCAGAUGAAUAAUCCAACCAGAUGCUUCGACGAUGAUGGCCGUGCCAAAAGAACAGGUACAUGGCUUACCGCAAGUGCACAUAUCAUAACAGCCGUCAUUGGAUGUGGAGUUCUAUCAUUAGCAUGGGCCGUGGCCCAAAUGGGUUGGAUCGCUGGGCCCAUUAUUCUUCUCGUGUUUUCACUUGUUACGUGGUUUGCAUCUGCGUUACAGGCUGACUGUUACAGAAAUCCUACCACCGGCAAGAGACAUUACACUUACAGAGAGGCUGUAAGGUCUAUUCUAGGUGGAAGAAAAUUCAAGUUAUGUGGCAUUGCUCAAUAUUCCAAUUUUGUUGGAGUAUCAAUAGGUUAUACAAUCACCGCAUCUAUAAGCAUGGCGGCUGUGAAACGAGCUAUAUGUUUCCAUAGGAUGGGGCAUCAAGCAGGAUGUCACACACAUAAUAAUCAAUUUCUCAUUAUAUUUGGAAUUUUACAACUAUUGAUGAGCCAACUUCCCAAUUUUCACAAGCUUUCAUGGCUCUCUAUUGUCGCGGCUGCCAUGUCAUUUGGUUAUUCUUUCAUAGGAAUUGGUCUUGCCAUUGCCAAAGUUGCAGGUGGAAGCAAUGCAAGAACAUCCUUUACUGGAGUAGAAAUUGGAGUAGAUGUUACCGCGGCACAGAAGAUUUGGAAUAUAUUCACAGCAUUGGGAAACAUGGCCUUUGCUUAUGCUUUCUCUAUGGUUCUCAUCGAGAUACAGGACACACUAAAGCCAAACCCUCCUGAGAACGUAGUUAUGAAGAAAUCAAUAUCAGUUGGGAUUUUGAUCACCACAUUUUUUUACUUGUUGUGUGGAGUAAUGGGUUAUGCUGCAUUUGGGAAUGAUGCUUCUGGAAAUUUCUUAACUGGUUUCGGUUUCUUCGAACCUUAUUGGCUCGUUGCCCUUGCCAAUAUCUUCAUUGCUGUCCAUCUUGUUGGAGCUUACCAGGUAUUUGUGCAACCCCUUUUCGACUUUGUAGAGACACAAUGCACCACGAAAUGGCCUGAAAGUAAGUUCGUGAAUGCGGAAUACCCCGUGAAACUACCUCUAUAUGGUUCAUACACAUUUAACUUCCUCAGAUUUGUCUGGAGAACAGCAUAUGUCAUACUAGUGACAAUAGUUGCAAUGAUCUUCCCCUUCUUCAAUGAUAUUGUUGGCUUAAUCGGGGCGUUUUCGUUUUGGCCACUCACAAUAUAUUUCCCUAUAGAAAUGUACAUUGCACAAGGCAAUGCUCGCAAGUAUUCUUGGCGGUGGAUUUCGCUGCAAGUCUUGAAAUAUGGUUGCUUGAUUGUUUCCCUUGUGGCUGUGGUUUCUUCGGUUCGAGGUCUUGUUGUUGGUGUUCAAAAUUUGAAGCCAUUUCAAUCUGUUUCUUGAUCGAUGUAUAUCUAUUUGAUUAGAAGUUAGAACAUUUUUCCCUUUCACGUUAGAACAUUUUUAUUAUGUAUGCCAACACCAUUGGGGGUCAAUUUAAUCCUUAAUUUUAUUGUGCCACACAAUA